CGGGAGCCCCUCCCCGGUGGGACCUGAUGCUGACCGGGUGUGCUUCUGCCAGGUACCUGUGACUGAACUGUCCCGCCUUGUUUCCCCAGGCCCCAGGCGCUGCUCCUCACCUGUCUGUUCCUCUCUGGACCUGCGGCUCUGCUCCUCCAGGUGCUCAGACACCACCUGCUUCGGACUCAAGAUGAUCUGAUGUCUUAAAUCAGACCCUCGCUGACCAUGAUGGCCACACAGACUCUGAGUAUAGACAGCUACCAGGACGGGCAGCAAAUGCAAGUGGUAACAGAGUUAAAAACGGAGCAAGACCCGAUCUGCUCCGAACCGGAUGCAGGAGUGAGCCCUCCUUCCGCGGAGUCCCAGACCCCGAUGGACGCGGACAAGCAGGCCAUUUACAGGCAUCCCCUGUUUCCAUUAUUAGCUUUGUUGUUUGAAAAAUGUGAGCAGUCCACGCAAGGCUCAGAAGGCACGACUUCUGCCAGUUUUGAUGUGGACAUUGAGAACUUCGUCAGGAAGCAAGAGAAGGAAGGAAAACCCUUCUUCUGUGAAGAUCCAGAAACUGACAACUUAAUGGUAAAAGCAAUCCAGGUGUUGCGCAUUCAUCUUCUUGAGCUGGAGAAAGUCAAUGAGCUCUGCAAGGAUUUCUGCAGCCGGUACAUCGCUUGUCUGAAGACAAAGAUGAACAGUGAGACCCUGCUGAGCGGCGAGCCUGGGAGCCCGUACUCGCCCGUGCAGUCCCAGCAGAUCCAGAGCGCCAUCACGGGCACCCUCAGCCCACAAGGAAUCGUGGUGCCGGCAUCUGCCCUGCAACAGGGAAAUGUCACCAUGGCGACAGUGGCAGGUGGCACCGUGUACCAGCCUGUCACAGUUGUCACUCCGCAAGGCCAAGUGGUCACCCAGGCCUUAUCUCCCGGGACAAUCAGGAUCCAGAACUCGCAGCUCCAGCUGCAGUUGAAUCAGGACCUCAGCCUCCUGCACCAGGAUGAUGGCUCAUCCAAGAACAAGAGGGGCGUCCUGCCCAAGCACGCCACCAACGUCAUGCGGUCCUGGCUCUUCCAGCACAUAGGGCACCCUUACCCAACGGAGGACGAGAAGAAGCAGAUCGCUGCUCAGACAAACCUGACACUACUCCAAGUCAACAACUGGUUCAUCAAUGCUAGAAGACGAAUUCUGCAGCCGAUGUUGGAUUCUAGUUGUUCAGAGACCCCGAAGACGAAGAAGAAAACUGCUCAGAACAGGCCAGUGCAGAGGUUUUGGCCGGACUCCAUCGCAUCGGGAGUGGCCCAGGCACCGCCCAGUGAGCUCGCCAUGUCCGAAGGUGCCGUCGUGACCAUCACCGCACCCGUGAACAUGAAUGUGGACAGCCUGCAGUCCCUGUCCUCGGAUGGGGCCACCCUGGCCGUGCAGCAGGUGAUGAUGGCGGGCCAGAGCGAGGACGAGUCCGUGGACAGCGCGGAGGAGGACGGCGCUGCCCUGGCGCCCACCCACAUGGGUGGGCUGGUGCUGGAGAACAGCGAGUCGCUGCAGUAGGGGCCGCCGAGCCCGCCGCUUUUACAGUUUGCACAGCAAACAUUUUACACAGUUUUAUUUCUAAGAUGUUUUAUAUGUAGAUAUAGAGAAGUGCACUUUUGUAUUUCAUAGUCGGCUUAAAAACGGCGUCUUUGCCGGUGCAGCGAGUUCUUUCCAGUGUGCGCGUGCGGGUUUUUAAAGAGAUCCCUUAGGGGCUAACGAUCCGGCGGUGCUGAGUGACCCUCACCUGAGUCCCUGAUUAGGUUAAGAAUAGUGCUGCCGUUUUCUAAUAAAUUAUGCAGUUUUAAUCGAGUCCUGUAGCUUGCAGCAGAUGUCGGAGGCUGCUGUGUCGGUGUCGCCGCGGACAGGAGCAGCUGCCUGGAGGCUGCGGCGAGGCGGCCUGCUGCGGACUGCAAGUGGUGGCGCCUUGAGCUCCGGCCACCACGGUGCGCCUUGGUUCCCUCAUGGUCAGCGAGCCUGUUUCAUGUGCUAUAUAUAAAAAGAAACUCCUAUUUUUACCUUGCUGGAAUUAUUGGAUAAAAAGCUAUUUUUAUAAAUUCGUUAUGAAUUGGAUGAUGACUAUAUUGAGGAUAAAAUUUCUAGAGAAGAGACGAUACAGCCUGCAUUUCCAUUUGGGAUGUUCCGAGUUGCCCAAAUUAGAGACCCUGCCCACACCGGCUAUUGUUCCGCGGUCUCCUGCUCUCCGGGGUGGUUUGCCUUCAUUUCGGAAAGAAACAGCGACCUAGUUGGAUUCGGACGUCUCCAAAUUUCUGUGUCUGCACAGUGCCUGUGUUGCAUUUUACGCAUGGUCUGCGGUACCUGAGAUUGUGCUCGAAGCACUUGGGGUCAGGGAGGCAGAGGGAGCCAGGGGCUGGCCGAAGCCCCGCCACACCUACUCUAGUCUAAUUUACAUUUGCCCUGUUUCAGGGUCGCCUCCCUGUGCUAUCUUAAGUUUUUCAGUCGGAACAUGUUAUGCACAGAAUGUUUAUCGUGCACGAGUACAGUGUUUCUGCCCCCCUGGCUGGAGCGGGGGUGAUUCACACACCACACUGUGUCACGUGAUUGGCGGACGUGCAUGAAGUCGCAGCGGCCAGCUGAGGUGCCGGUGCCAUGACAGUGACCCUGCCCGGCGGUCACCUCACACGCACUUGCCCUCCUGUUGAGUGUUGUUGCUUCAGGGUUCCCCAAGCGCUCCGCACUCACUGGGUCACCCGAAAUUUGGAAUAAUUUGGAGACUUCGUUUACUGGUGACAGACUUCUAGAGGAGGGUGGGCUUUCUUUUCUUUGGUUUUGGUUUGUUUUCAUUCACUCAGGAGCAGAUCUUUUCCUCAGAGAGAAAACCAGACACCUGCCUCAUGCAGCCCAUCUCGGUCUCACCGUGGACAGGGCCCUGCAGUCCCGCUGACAGAGGACAGAGGGCGUGGCCCAGCUCCGAGGCUCGGCAACUCUGACCGGCAUAGACCAGGUUACACCAGGGUGUUGGCAGCAGACAGAUUGUUUUCCUGUAACCGAUAACCCCAGUGUGUGAUUCAGGGAGUACAUCCCGGGCAUCCUGGUGGGCAGACUUCCUUAAACCCAUCUCAUCUCUUGGAGAGAGAAUAACGUUUUCAAUCAGCCCCCACAUAAGUUAUUUAUAAAUAGUUUUCAAUAUUUUAAUUCAGGUCUGCAUAAGCCUCAAAGAUCAUUUUAAUUUUAUUUAAAUGCCAACUUUGUCGGACCUGGGGAGCCCCAGCUGCCCCUUGCCCAGCCAGCUGCUCGAGGGCAGCGCGGGGAAGAGAUAGAUGCAGGGACUGCGCUCUCCUGGGAGGCAUCGUGUGGCCAGGGAAGACCCGGCUGCUGUGGGCUGCCCUGGCUGGGCCGCGAGACGUGAGACGCAGCUGCCUUCUGCUUUGCCAACUUCGGGGGAGGGAGAUACAGACGGCCUGGGGGCCCCGGGCCGAGCCAGCGCAGCUGCUGCACCGCCUGCUUGUCGUCUGCGUGCGGGGCAGAAGCGCCUGUGCCUGGCCCUGUGGGGAGAUGGAAGCGCGGCCUGCGUGCACUCCGUUUUCCGUUGGCCGUUUUCCACGCG